AUGAAGCUCAGGAUCCUCGCCAUCGCCCUGUCUUGGACGUGUUUACUCCUAAGCCCACGUGGGGCCCAGGAGGUGCAUGAGGACAAGCCGAAUAUUGUCCUGAUGAUAGUGGACGAUCUUGGGAUCGGUGACUUGGGCUGCUUUGGCAAUGACACGAUGAGGACUCCUAACAUCGACCGCUUAGCAAGGGAAGGCGUACAACUGAAACACCACAUCUCUGCAGCGUCAAUGUGCACCCCAAGCCGGGCCGCCUUCCUCACGGGAAGAUACCCCAUCCGAUCAGGAAUGGUUUCUAACAAAGUGAGCCGUGUGAUCUCCACGCUCGGAGCUCCUGCUGGACUCCCUCGCAAUGAGACAACAUUUGCAGCCUUACUGAAGAGGCAAGGGUAUAGUACGGCAUUGAUAGGCAAAUGGCACGAAGGCUUAAACUGUGAUUCCCGACAUGACCACUGCCAUCACCCAUAUAAUUAUGGGUUUGAUUACUUCUAUGGCAUGCCAUUCACUCUGUUUGAACCUUGCUGGCCGGAUCCCUCGCGUGACACAGAAUUAGCCAUUGGGGGCAAAGUCUGGCUCUGCAUUCAGCUGGUCGCCGUUGCUGCACUCACGGCUGCCUUGGGGAAGCUGAGUCGCUUGAUCUGUCUUCCCUGGUCCUUCAUCUUCUCCAUGAUUCUUUUUAUUUUUCUGCUGGGUUACUUUUGGUUCUCCAGUUACAAAUCCCCUCUGUACUGGGAUUGCCUCCUCAUGCGCGAGCACGAGAUCACUGAACAGCCGAUGAAGGCAGAGCGUGCUGGCUCCAUCAUGGUGAGGGAGGCGACUUCAUUUAUGGAAAGGCACCGUGAGGGACCGUUCCUUCUUGUGUUCUCUUUUCUGCACGUCCACGUGCCGCUUCCCACGACCACCGAGUUCAUCGGCACCAGCAAGCACGGCUUGUAUGGGGACAAUGUUCAGGAGAUGGACUUCAUGGUGGGCAAGCUUCUUGAUGCCAUUGAUGAUUUUGGUGUGAGGAACCACACGCUCGUCUACUUUACAUCAGACCACGGCGGACAUUUGGAGGCACGGAUGGGCCACGCCCAGCUCGGGGGAUGGAACGGAAUAUACAAAGGUGGGAAAGGCAUGGCCGGCUGGGAAGGUGGAAUCCGUGUCCCGGGACUGGUCCGCUGGCCGGGAAGGUUACCAGCUGGGAAAGUGAUCGAGGAACCGACGAGUAUGAUGGACGUUUUCCCCACGCUGGCGGCCGUGUCAGGAAGCACGGUCCCUCAGGACAGGGUGAUCGAUGGCCAGGACCUCAUGCCUUUGCUUCAGGGAGAUGUCGAGCGCUCAGAGCAUGAGUUCUUGUUCCACUACUGUGGUGCCUUUCUCCACGCGGCACGCUGGCACCCAAAGGACAGUGAGGCAGUGUGGAAGGUUCAUUACGUGACACCUGUGUUCCAGCCGCCAGGAGCUCAAGGCUGCUAUGAGACCCAAUAUUGCCGAUGUUCGGGAAAACUGGUCACCUACCAUGACCCUCCUCUGCUCUUUGACCUCACAAGGGACCCCUCUGAGUCCACACCUCUGACGCCAGACACGGAGCCCUCUUACAAUGUGGUGAUCCAGACGGUGGCCAACGCUGUGAAGGAACACAAGAAAAGCAUCAUUCCUGUCCGGCACCAGAUUUCCGAAUUGAAUCAGGGCAACAUAUGGCUAAAGCCUUGCUGUGGGGUGUUCCCAUUUUGUCUGUGCGACACAGAAGGGAACACAUCUGCCGUGGGCGCAUGA